CACAACGGUGUAGUUAUGUAGUGUACUUCUUUUUAUUAAAAGAUGCAGAGUGAAAUCAUGCAGUCAUUUCAGAAUCAAAACGCUGAAGACUUGGAUGUCGAUGUAGAAUCUUACAAUCAAAGUGCAAAUCAAUCUUUUCGCGAUUUUAUUCGCUCAAAAUUUGUGCAGUUUAAAAUUCUAUACAAAAUAAAAAGAAAAUAUUUCUUUAUUGGUUUUAUAAUUGUGGCGCUCGUAAUAAUGAAUAUUAUCAAUAUGUCCUGUUUAAUGAAUUCUGCCAAAUCUAAUUCUUUGGAUGCAUCAAAUCGAGUAGAAUUAAUAAAAAAAGAUGAUAGAAAGGAGGCAAGGUAUGAAACAGCAUCCAUCCAAAAGACAGUACGGGAUGAAUCAUCUUCUACUGAAAUGAAUAUGGUUACUGUGAAUUAUAAAAAUACAUCGAUCGAUUUUAAAAACAAUCUUCAAGGAGCUGAAUUUAAUAAUUCACUUUUAUUGCUGGAAGGAAAAUCGUUAUGGUUGCUGAACUUGGAAACCGAGGAUCAUUAUAAUUGGCAUGAAUCGAAUAAUUAUAUUAGUGAGUUUUACUUCAACUUUAAAGGUAAACCAAUAUGGUUCGAAGACCAAUCGAUAACAAUUCAUUCACAAACACCAGAGUAUGAUGGAUUACCCCUUCCAGCAAAUUUAAAAGUUAAGGCAAUUGUUGAUGAUUCUGCCACAGGAAAUUCUUAUGUGAUUGAUGAGAAAGGAAAACAUUUACUCGUCCUUAAUGAAUAUUAUCAACAAUCAGCGGUUAUACUUUCAGAUCUCGAAAAUGCAAUAGAUGUAAAAAUCGAUCCUUUGACCAGAUUGAUUUUCAUAUUGGCUAAUGGUGCAAUCUUAAGAUGCCACAUGGAUGUCUUCAUGCGACUCUGGCUGAUACACUACGGUGAAGUUAUUCCUGUAAAGUAA